AUGAGGGAGGGUCUCCCAAGUCAAAGAGAGAAACAUGCAGCAUGUCUGUCAAAAGCUGAGAGAGUUAGAGAGAGAGAGAGAGAGGAAAUGCUGCCUGAAAUAACAAAGAAAGUGACUCACUCUACUUAAACCCAGAGAGUCAACUGGUGCGGUGAUCAUACCUCCUCUGGGAUACUAUCGACAGCUUGGUACAAGCUCUACUAUUCUGUCUACACAUCUUCUAACUUCCGAGCUAAGUUCUCUGUAGAUACUUCUCACACUUUCAGUGCUGUUAGGACCAUGGCAUCCCUAGGAUGGUUCGUGGUGGUUCUAGUGGGCGUUUGGAGCCAGCUAAGCCCAGGUCGGGGAGCUAAUAAUGGGCCUGGCAGAUACCGCUACCAGCGCAGGAACUGCUACACCUGCUUCUAUGGAUACAAUGGCUACAACACGGGACACAUGAAAGGUGCAGAUGUUGACGAGUGUCAAGUCCACAACGGAGGCUGCCAGCACCGAUGCGUCAACACCAGAAGCUCAUUCUACUGCGAAUGCAACCCAGGCACCCGCCUGCACACAGAUGGCCGGACAUGCAUCGCCGUCCACUCCUGUGCUGUCAGAAAUGGAGGCUGUGAGCAGGACUGUGUGCAGCUGUCCCCGGCUCACUACCAGUGUCGCUGCAGACCCAACUAUCAUCUUGCAGAGGACAGCAAACACUGCAAGUUGAGAAACCCCUGUGCAGACGGAAAUGGAGGCUGUGUGCACACCUGUAGAAAUGAAGGAGGAAGAUCUCAGUGUGACUGUCGUCCUGGAUAUACAUUGGCACAGGAUGGCAAAAACUGUGAAGACAUCGAUGAGUGUGAGACAGGCCAAACUGCCUGUGCCCACGGUUGCCAUAACACCCAGAGUUCCUUUACCUGUGUCUGUAACCCAGCAUACAAGUUGGGUGCCGACGGCAGGAAAUGCUAUCGUAUCGAGAUGGAGAUUGUGAGCGGUUGUGAAACUGCCAAUGGAGGCUGUUCCCAAAAGUGCCAACACUCCGCCCUCGGACCUGUCUGCAGCUGUAACCAUGGUUUCCAUCUGGACGAUGACCUCAGGACAUGUGUGGACUUGGAUGAGUGCGAGACGGGAAGCUCGUGCUGCGAGCAGGACUGUACGAACUCUCCCGGGGGUUACGAAUGCUACUGCGGGGCUGGCUACCGUCUCAACUCGGAUGGGUGUGGCUGUGAUGAUGUGGAUGAGUGUCUGGUAGACAACGGAGGCUGUGACCAUACCUGCCAGAACACAGCCGGCUCCUUCCAGUGCUACUGUCGCCUCGGACACCGGCUAAACGAGAACCGUCUCUCCUGUAUUCCCCUGGAGGGGGCAGUAGAGCUAGUGGAGUGGAGCGGCCGCAUCGCGGUGCAGCUCCCUCCACCCCAGAUCACGCUGCUGAAUGACAACUUCCAGCCGCUGGAGCGCUAUGACGACUAUGAGGAGGACGGCCUGGGAGAGCUCCGGGCCCCGAGCACCCUCACCAAGACCUUUGUGUGUCUAAACGAAACGUUUGGCCAUGACUGUAGCCUGACGUGUGACGACUGUUCCAACGGUGGUGUGUGUGACCUGGAGGAGGGACGUUGUGACUGUCCUGAUGGGUGGCGAGGCCUUGUCUGCAACCAGACUUGUCUAGAGGGCACAUUUGGCAGGAACUGCCUCUUCACUUGUAAGUGUAAGAAUGGUGCCACCUGUGACCCUGUGAGCGGGCACUGCCGCUGCCCACCUGGAGUCAGUGGGGAUCUGUGCCAGGAUGGCUGUCCUAGCGGCCUGUAUGGGAAACUUUGCAAUAAGAAGUGUAACUGUGCCAAUAAAGGGCGCUGCCAUCGGACCUACGGAGCCUGCCUGUGUGACCCCGGGCUCUAUGGGCGUUUCUGUCACCUACCGUGUCCGAAGUGGGCAUACGGACCUGGCUGCUCGGAGGAGUGCCAGUGUUUCCAACAGAACACCCUGGAGUGCCACCGCCGCCAUGGCUCCUGUGUCUGCAAACCAGGCUACCAGGGCAAGAACUGCCAGGAGGAAUGUGACAGAGGAUACUAUGGCCUUGCCUGCAAGAGGAAAUGUGAGUGUCCAUCAGGGGUACUCUGUGAUCAUGUGACAGGGGAGUGUCUGCGCCAGUGCCCGCCUGGUUUCCAAGGGGACAACUGUGACCUAGACUGCCUGAAGGGGCGCUACGGGGCUGGAUGUAACCAAUUGUGCCACUGCUCUGGCGCGCCAUGUGACAAGGUGACAGGACAGUGCCACUGUCUUGACGGUGUGACUGGACAACACUGCGAGACUGAGUGUGAGGAGGGUCGAUGGGGUGUGGGCUGCUCAGGCUCCUGUCCUCACUGUCAGAACGGGGGAGUGUGUGACAAACACAAUGGAACGUGCCGCUGCCAACCUGGAUACAUGGGCACCCUUUGUCAGAGUGUCUGCCUGUUGGGUAGAUUUGGCCUGGGUUGCCAUCUACGCUGUCGGUGCGAUAACGGUGGGCGCUGCCARCCGUUGACGGGCCGCUGUGCCUGUCCUGAAGGAUGGACUGGACCCAGCUGCAGUAGAGCGUGUGACGCCGGGCGCUGGGGGGUGGACUGUGCCAACGUGUGUGAGUGCCCGGACAACGAUGGCAGCUGCGACCUCAUCACGGGACAGUGUCGCUGUGAGGCGGGCUACACAGGACCACGCUGCCAACAGAAGUGCCCAGAGGGCUCCUUUGGCGCUGGCUGCAGACGCAGGUGCCAGUGUGCCAAUGAGGCGGCCUGUGAGCAUAUGGGUGGAGCCUGCACCUGCCUCCCUGGUUGGACAGGCACCUACUGUGAAAAACCGUGCCCUGAAGGAUUCCAUGGGCUGGAGUGUCAGCUGCAGUGUCAGUGUUCUAAUGGGGGGAGAUGUGAUCACCUGACAGGGGCCUGCCACUGUCCAGACGGCUGGGUCGGAUCACAAUGCAACACCACAUGCCAGGCGGGGUGGUUUGGAAGUGGGUGUCAACACACCUGUGAGUGCUGUAAUAAUGCCAGCUGUGACCCUGUGAGCGGGCAGUGCCAGUGUAUGCCAGGCUGGACRGGCGCCAGCUGUGAGAAAGAAUGUCUAGAAGGCUUCUAUGGGUCAGACUGCCUGCAUCACUGCCUGUGUCAGAAUAGUGGUGUGUGUGAUCGUUUCUCUGGGGGAUGCUCGUGCCCCAACGGGUGGACCGGGGUGGCCUGCGAACUGGAGUGUGCCCAUGGCUGGUUUGGGGCGGACUGUGCUCAGCCCUGUGCGUGUCUGAACAGUGGUGUGUGUGACCGUCGCAGUGGAGAGUGCAGCUGUGGCCCAGGCUGGGUAGGACAGCACUGUCAGACAGCAUGUGAGGCUGGCCUGUUUGGCCCAGGGUGUGAGGAGCAGUGUCGAUGUAAACAUGGGCCCGUGUGUGACCACGUCAACGGAGUGUGUGUGUGUCCUCCUGGCUGGAGGGGACCUCUAUGUGACAGAGCCUGURUACCUGGCUCCUAUGGGAAGGACUGUGUGCUACGUUGUAACUGUCCCCACGGCACUUCCUGCAACCACGUUUCCGGCGAGUGUGGCUGUCCCCCUGGAUUCACUGGCAACGGCUGUGAGCAGAUAUGCCAGCCUGGCACAUAUGGGCUGAACUGUAACCAGGUGUGCCAGUGCCCUGGCACCAACCAGCUAUGCCACCCGGACACCGGCCUCUGCUACUGCACCCCUGGUUACCAUGGUUACAACUGUGAUCAAGAGUGUGACAUAGGACGGUACGGCCCAAACUGCGAGCGGCUGUGCCAGUGUAGGAAUGCUGGUGUGUGCCAGACCAUCACAGGCACCUGCCAGUGCCUGUCUGGUUACAUCGGAGCAGACUGCAACAUCACUUGCCCAUCAGGGCGUUAUGGGCAGGACUGUGCCAGGGUGGCGUUGUGUGGGGAGGGGGCACGGAGUGACCCAGAGACGGGCAGGUGUGUGUGCAAGGUCGGCCAGCGGGGAGAAGACUGUGGACAGGGUUGUGCCCAGGGUUGGUAUGGGGUGGACUGUGGCCAGCGCUGUAACUGCCGUAACAGUGGUGUGUGUGACCCAGUCUCUGGAGGCUGCACCUGCGGACUAGGCUGGACCGGACCCAGCUGUGACAGAGAGUGCCCCCUAGGGAGUUACGGGGCCAACUGCAAACUGCGGUGUGAUUGCAAUAACAAUGGGACGUGCAAUAGAGUGACGGGAGAGUGCCGGUGUGACCCGGGAUACUACGGUCACCUGUGUGAACACGCCUGCCCUGCUGGUUUCCAUGGCCACCGCUGUCAGUUCCAGUGUAAGUGUCGAGGCCACUCCCCCUGUGACCCCAGCACAGGGCACUGUCUUUGCCCUCCUGGUUACCAUGGAUACCGCUGUGAGAAAGAGUGUGAGCAGCGUCGUUUCGGGGUGGGCUGCAUCCAGUCAUGUGACUGCGAAGGGGACACCCCAUGUGACKCCAUGACCGGCCGUUGUCUGUGCCCCCCAGGGAAGAUGGGCACGCAUUGCGACACAGAUUGUCCAGUGAACCGCUACGGCCCGGACUGUUCUGAGAGCUGUGAGUGCAGGAACGGGGCGCGGUGUGACCCACGGAACGGCCGUUGCACCUGUCUACAUGGCUGGAUAGGACCCACCUGUCAGGAUGGUACGUGUAUUGAUAAGGAAGAAGGGACAGAGCAUGGACCAAAAGAAUGAGGAAGUAGAAUACUAGAAUGGACAUGAACCUUUCUAUGAUGGGAUAAAGGUCAGKCAUWUUGGCCAUGUAGUUAGUCAACCAUGGUUUGACAGUGCUGUGAUAAGACAGAGUAAAAUAAUGAAWUUGAAUAAUUGAUCUGCUAUGUGCAAGUUAUGUUCUMGUMUGC